AUGGCGGCCAACAAAUCCAUCACCCUCGAAGAAAUCAAGAACGAGACCGUUGAUCUGGAACAUAUUCCCGUUGAGGAAGUGUUCGAACAAUUGAAAUGUACCAAAGAAGGUUUGUCCUCGGAGGAAGGAGCCAAUCGGCUUCAGAUAUUUGGACCAAACAAGCUAGAGGAGAAAAAGGAAAGCAAACUUCUCAAGUUUCUUGGAUUCAUGUGGAAUCCUUUGUCAUGGGUCAUGGAAGCUGCGGCUUUGAUGGCAAUUGGUCUUGCCAAUGGUGACGGAAAGCCUCCGGAUUGGCAAGAUUUUGUCGGUAUUGUUUGCUUGUUGGUGAUCAACUCCACCAUCAGUUUCAUUGAAGAAAAUAACGCGGGUAAUGCCGCUGCAGCCCUUAUGGCUGGUCUUGCUCCUAAGACGAAGGUUCUUAGGGAUGGUAAAUGGUCUGAGCAGGAAGCUGCAAUUUUAGUCCCUGGAGACAUCAUUAGCAUCAAACUAGGUGACAUUGUUCCAGCUGAUGCUCGUCUUCUUGAAGGUGAUCCUUUAAAGAUUGAUCAGUCUGCUUUGACUGGAGAAUCACUUCCUGUGACUAGAAAUCCCGGGCAAGAAGUUUUCUCUGGCUCAACUUGUAAACAAGGUGAAAUUGAAGCUGUUGUCAUUGCAACUGGUGUCCACACAUUUUUCGGGAAAGCAGCUCAUCUUGUGGACAGUACAAACCAAGUUGGACAUUUCCAGAAGGUGCUUACCGCAAUUGGAAACUUCUGUAUUUGUUCCAUUGCAGUUGGUAUGUUGGCUGAGAUAAUAGUCAUGUACCCUAUUCAGCACCGCAAGUACAGAGAUGGAAUUGACAACCUUUUGGUCCUUUUGAUCGGAGGAAUUCCUAUUGCUAUGCCCACUGUGUUGUCUGUAACAAUGGCCAUUGGUUCACACAGGCUCUCUCAGCAAGGAGCUAUUACCAAGCGUAUGACUGCUAUUGAAGAAAUGGCUGGUAUGGAUGUACUUUGCAGUGACAAGACUGGUACACUUACACUUAACAAGUUAAGUGUUGACAAGAACUUGAUUGAGGUCUUUGAAAAGGGUGUGGACAAGGAACAUGUGAUGCUUCUUGCUGCAAGGGCUUCCAGGAUUGAAAAUCAGGAUGCAAUAGAUGCCGCCAUUGUUGGAACUCUAGCUGAUCCAAAAGAGGCAAGGGCUGGAGUAAGAGAGGUUCAUUUCUUACCAUUCAAUCCUGUUGAUAAGAGAACUGCCUUGACUUACAUUGAUAGCAAUGGAAAUUGGCACCGUGCAAGCAAAGGUGCUCCAGAGCAGAUCAUGAACCUUUGUAACCUUAGGGAAGAUGCGAAGAGGAACAUCCAUGCUAUUAUUGACAAGUUUGCAGAGAGAGGUCUUCGUUCUCUUGCUGUUUCUAGACAGGAGGUUCCUGAGAAAACUAAAGAAAGCGCUGGUGGUCCUUGGCAGUUUGUUGGUUUGUUGUCACUGUUUGACCCACCUAGGCAUGACAGUGCUGAAACUAUUCGGAGAGCUCUUCAUCUUGGUGUCAAUGUUAAGAUGAUUACUGGUGAUCAACUUGCCAUAGCAAAGGAGACUGGGAGGAGACUUGGGAUGGGAACUAAUAUGUACCCAUCUGCUACCUUGCUUGGUCAAGACAAAGAUGCGAGUAUUGCUGCACUUCCAGUUGAAGAGCUGAUUGAGAAGGCAGAUGGAUUUGCUGGGGUAUUUCCAGAGCACAAAUACGAAAUUGUAAAGAAGUUGCAAGAAAGGAAACACAUUUGUGGAAUGACUGGAGAUGGUGUCAACGAUGCUCCAGCUUUGAAGAAGGCCGAUAUUGGAAUUGCUGUUGCCGAUGCUACAGAUGCCGCAAGAGGUGCUUCUGAUAUUGUCCUAACAGAACCUGGAUUGAGUGUUAUCAUCAGUGCAGUCUUAACUAGUAGGGCUAUUUUCCAAAGGAUGAAAAACUACACGAUCUAUGCAGUAUCUAUCACUAUCCGUAUAGUGUUUGGCUUCAUGUUCAUUGCACUGAUAUGGAAAUUUGACUUCUCACCUUUCAUGGUCUUGAUUAUUGCAAUUCUUAAUGAUGGAACAAUUAUGACAAUUUCAAAAGAUAGGGUGGUUCCAUCUCCCUUACCCGAUAGCUGGAAAUUGAAUGAAAUAUUUGCUACUGGGAUUGUUCUUGGAGGUUAUUUAGCUCUGAUGACCGUAAUAUUCUUCUGGGCAAUUAAAGAAAAUCAAUUCUUCCCUGACAAAUUUGGAGUUAGGCAUCUGAAUCAUGAUGAAAUGAUGUCUGCUUUGUAUCUUCAAGUCAGUAUAGUUAGCCAGGCUUUGAUAUUUGUGACCCGUUCUCGUGGUUGGUCGUUUCUUGAACGCCCUGGAGCACUUUUAGUCAUUGCUUUCCUCAUUGCUCAGCUGAUUGCUACAUUAAUAGCAGUAUAUGCCAACUGGGGAUUUGCAAAGGUACAAGGAAUUGGUUGGGGUUGGGCAGGAGUAAUCUGGCUCUACAGUAUUGUCUUCUAUAUUCCACUCGACGUGAUGAAAUUUGCCAUCCGCUACAUAUUGAGUGGCAAGGCUUGGAACAAUCUCCUAGACAACAAGACUGCCUUCACCACCAAGAAAGACUAUGGAAAAGAGGAGAGGGAAGCUCAAUGGGCACAUGCUCAGAGGACUCUACAUGGACUUCAACCACCAGAGAGUUCUGGUAUUUUCAACGAGAAGAGCAGUUACAGGGAACUAUCUGAGAUUGCUGAGCAGGCCAAGAGAAGAGCUGAAGUUGCAAGGCUUCGUGAGCUGCACACACUCAAAGGACAUGUCGAGUCUGUGGUGAAGCUAAAAGGUUUGGACAUUGAUACCAUCCAGCAGCACUACACUGUGUGA